AUGUCUUCCAGCAAUGAUGAAGAACCAACAAUAACAACAACCCAUGUCGAAGAGCAACAAUCGUCAUCUAGUGAUAAUUCGGAUGGAAGUUCUGUUGCUGCUAUUGUUGCCACUACUUCUGUUGAUGCAACAAUAACAACUUCUCCCGCCAAUUCUAUCGUAGUCGUGGAGGCCAAACAAAAAGCCACAACACCAACUCCUUCCACACCUCAACAUCCACCUCCACAACAUCACUCUACACCGUCCGAUUCAACAUCGAGUAUUGGUACACCAGUUAUUACAUCGGCUGUGAUUGAAUCUGAUGAUGGCUUGUGGGUAACUGUCUAUGAUCCAACAACAAAGAGAAAUUACUAUCAUAACAAGACUACCAAUGAAACAACAUGGAGUUUACCUAUGAAUCUUUCGUCACCUAAUUUGGGUGCACAUUUACGUAGUCAGAGUAGUAUUGGUGAAGAAAUUCAAAGAGUUGUUAGUACUAGUACACCAAGUGCUACUCCUAAAACUCCUGGAGGAAAUCAUGAGGCUUUGGUUCCUCAAUCUGAAAAGGUUGACCGUACACGUCAUUCAGGUGGACAUCAACGUAGUUUAUCUCAAGAUGGCACUGUAUCUAAUUUAAAGAGCCGAGUUUCACAUUUACACUCUAUUCCUAUCAAUGUUAAAAAGGAACUUGAUAAUAAUGAUCCACCAAUUAUUGCCAUGUCAAUGGAUGACCGUUCAGGAUUAUUUACCAGAUCUCAGGCUAAUAGUGAUGAUGAGGAAACACCAAUUACUAUUGAAGAAAAUCCAACACCAAGACAAUUGGAUCAUGGUCAAAUUGUUUUUGCAACCACUCCAAAUGUUGUUGCUGAACCACCUAAAACAACUCCAGUAACUACACCUUCUGCUUCUAACGAAGGAGAAUUAGAGGAUGGAUGGGAAGCUACAAUUGACCCAUCUACUGGACGUACUUACUAUUUCCAUAGACAAACUCAAAAAUCUUCUUGGGAUAGACCUGUCAAAAAAUCAGGAGCUUCUGUAGCUACAGUCUCUACUGCAACAGUUUCUACCCCUGUUGCUGCAGCUUCUACAACAAUUUCCACACCAAGUGAAUCACACGAACCAGAAUCUGAUUUGCUUCCUAGAAUUGCACCAGGAGAUCAUACCUUGCUCAAAUACGGAAAGGCCAAUUUCCAAAAAAUCAAGAAGGGUUUCUUCAAAACCUCAGUUAAGGUUGAAAAGUUGAUUGAAUUUUCAAAGGAUAGAUUAAAUCAAACAUUGCAUCCAAUCAAAUUGGAGCAACAUCAAGAAAAGGCUCUCAGAUGUUUCGAACUUAUUCAAUUAUUUAUGGGAGAUAGAAAUUUGGAAAAGUGUUCUCCAACAGUCAAACAAAUUGUCAAGUCUGGUACCAAUGUUCAUGAUUUCUUCCUCUCUAAGGAAAUUCUCCAAAUUGCCCUUCUCAACGUUCCAAUCAGAAAUGAAAUUGUAAUCUACUUGUGCAAACAAACCAAUAAUCAUGCCAAGAUUGAAAAUGCUCUUAAAGGUGUACAAUUACUUGGUUUGAUGCUCUCUGCAUUCCCUCCAACUACAUAUGAUUUGCAAGAGGCUGUAUUAUAUUAUUUACAAAAAACACUCGUUACCCACCCAAAAAUUGGUCGUGAUGAUCGUAUCAGACAAUUCUCACUCCUCUGUGAAAAACACUUAAGAAGAUCUUGUGUAACAGGUCCAAGAAAAACUCUUCCAUCAGAUAAUGAAAUCAAGAACAUGUCUAAUCCAAAUCCACCAGAACCAAUUUUCGGUGUUUCAAUUUCAGAAUAUUGGAGAUGGCAAAAGGACAAGUUCCCUAAUGGGGACCAAGCCAAACCAUUUAUUCUUAACUUGUUGAGUGAAGCCCUUAAAAAGACUAAUUUAUAUACUGUAGAAGGUAUUUUCAGAUUGCCUGGUGAUGUUUCUCGUGUUGAAGGUCUUAAAGAAAAGCUCUGUAAAUCCAACUUUGAAAUUAACGAGAAGGAUCCUCAUGUAUGUGCCUCCUUGUUCAAAUUAUGGUUGCGUGAAUUGGCAGACCCUCUCAUUCCUCAUCGCCUCUAUGAACAUUGUGUCUCUGUUGCCAAUGAUGAAAAGCAAUCAGCAGCUGUUUUAGAUCAGUUACCAGCUGGUAAUAGAGCUAUCUUGGUAUUUGUUUUGGACUUUUUAUCUGACAUGCUUCCUCAUUCAAAGAAGACUAUGAUGACAAGCGAAAACUUGGCUGUUGUUUUCUGUCCAAACAUUUUAAGAUCACAAUCAUCAGAUCCAAUGGCUAUCAUGAGAAAUGCUGCCUCAGAAAAACAAUUCGUUCGUAAUCUCAUUCUCCACUGUGCUCACCAAAAGGGUAUUGCAGAGAAAUAAACAAUUAAAUAAUAUUAUGAUUUCUC